UCCUGCUCGGCCUGUGGCUAAGGGGCAUUUCUAAUGGGCUGUCCUCACCGUGACCUCAAGCUGCCCUGUUCAACCAAGAAGUACUGUGAAAUGUCCCCCAGGUUCUUCAGGAGCAGUGAGAUCAAGAGUGAAGAGGACAGUAGGUGUUCCUCCUCCUCAUUGGUCAGCAUGAGUAAAGCCCCACCCCCUCCCUCUAUAAAAGCCUCGGUUGCCGUGAGCCUGCAUUCAGUGGGAGAUUUCAUCUCAGACAGAAGCCGACUCUCCACAAAUGGUCGUUCAAGUGACUCCACGACUUCGCCACGGCACCAAGGCAAUGGAGGGAAGAGAGCAGAAAGUGGAGGCCAAUAUUUUGCUACUCGGAGCUGAAAACGUGGGGAAAUCUGCACUCACAGUGCGAUUCCUGACCAGAAGAUUCAUCGGAGAAUAUGGUGAUAUAGAAUCCAUCUACAGCCACUCUGAUAAGAUUGACGGCCGUGAAAUUUGCUUCAACAUCUGGGACUCGCUUUGCCCGCAGAACGGCGAAGAUGCUGGACACAUCAGUGACCGACACCUGGAGUGGACGGAUGGUUUCAUCCUGGUUUACAGCAUCUGUGACCGUGCGAGUUUCAACGUGGUUCGGCGGCAGGUCCAAUGCAUCCGGCAGGCCAAGUCGAAGCUCUCGGCUCCGGUCAUCAUCGUGGGAAACAAGAGGGACCUCCAGCACCGGCGGGCCGUGUCCAGCGAAGAAGGACGCUUACUCGCCCUCUCUGCAGACUGCGGCUUCUUCGAAAUCUCUGCUGCAGAGACGUACCACGGUGUGUUGGUGGUGUUUCACGAACUGCUCGACCUCAUUCGGGAGACGAGGACGCCUAAGAAAGGAGCUGCCGGGUUCAGAGGCAUCGUGAGGAGCAUGUCUGCCGUGUUUGGGAGGAAACGGACUGAAUAGACUGAGGCUUCUCUUAAGAGAAGAGUGCGCAAAUACCACACUCUUAAAAAUAAAGGUGCCAGAGAGGUUCUUUGGAGCGAUUUUCUAUUUGGAGAACCACUUUGGGUUCCCUCUAGAACCUUUCAGUGCGAGCAUAGAGAACCCUUUAAAGUUUAAGGACACUCCAGAUAAUAGAACUGUAUAUCCAAGUCCAAGAACCACACAGGAACCUUUAUUUUUAAAGAGUGCACCUUAAGAAAUCCAUAUUGGACCAGGAAUUUGUAUGUGGGGGCAUCACCGAUCAGCACAAAGUGGACAAUCAUAUUUGAAUGUUCUAAGAAAGGUCAAAUUCAGAGACGGCACAUUAGGUCAAUGGUUUUGAAUCUGUAUGGAGGAUGUCUUUGAAUGCCAAUGUCUUUGAAGCUAAGCUACACCUUUUCCCUGAGUCAUUAAUACUGGCAUGAAUAGAGCAUGUGGUGGGUGGUGGGGGGGUGGGGUGGUCUUGCUGUUUUUGUCUAUGCAAAGCAAAAUGCCUGCCAGCUAUGCUUAUAAAGAAGCAGAAUCAAAUGUAUUGCCUUAUACAGUCGUUUCAGCUUCAUUGUUGGAAGCUCAAGUCUGGCAUUCAUUUACAAGGACCUUGAACCAAUAACGUCCUGCUUUGAAUGCUUUAAUGGACCUUCAGAUCUCUGAACUAUGUUUAAUGGGAAGGUCUGGUAUAAAUGUUUGUCAGAUGCCCUGCUGUACAUAUUGUUAAUAGUAUAGAGAGGGUUAUGUAUGAUUUUUAUAAUAAAACGUGAAAUGAGUUUUGA